UCAAUCUCAUUCUCGCGAUAUGUUAAAAGUAGAGCAAGGCAAAGAAAAUGGAUGGUUGUGCUAACAAGCUAACAGGAUAAUCCCAGUGUUAGCUGGAUAAUAAUCCAAUUUGGUCGGAGGUAUGCGUUCAGAUUUCCUCGUGGCGUCCAUGCAAAACAUCUUACAGCCGUUAAAGCCUUGAUUCAUUCCAGUGGAUGUCUGUGUGGAACCAAUGGAGAAUAUUGCAGGGUCAGAGGAGCAGCAGAGCCAGUCAGAAGCUUCGGAUGAUAAACCGGGAUUGUCCCAGAUUAGAAAGUCCUGGGGUUUUAGGCGAUCAACUCUAGCUCGACGUGAGUUCAUGGAAGAAGUCGGAGACUUAAGCCACAGCCCUCCACCUCUACGGCGAGUCAGAGGCCGUUGUCCUACAAGAACAACGAUGGCCUGUAAAGACAACAAAGGUGUCCAAUCUCCUCAAGAAUCUCGGACUGUUAUAGAAGAUCUUGAGUGGUCUGCCUCGUGCUCUCCUGUAUCUGAGGAGACAAAACCAGCUGUAGCCUCUGCAGGAGGGUGUCUUGACCCAAGCAUGUGGCAGGAUAUUGGGUCUGCUUUCCACACAGCUUUCACUCUUCUUGGUGGGGAUGAGGAUUUGUCAAUGGAAAUGUCUCGAGCUUUGGCAGUCACAGAUAAUUUGGGAGUUGGCAAUGCCACAGAGGCUGCUCCUCCACAAGCUGCAGAUGACACAGAGGUGUCUGAACUCAGGGGGCCUACAGACAGUGUCGGAAUUUCGCAUCCUGUUGCUUCAGACCAAGUGGCACAAGUGGAUGUUGAUAAUGUUCUUUUAAUCUCAAGUCAAGAAGAGGAUAGCGAUGACAUGCCUUUGAUACAAACCAAGGAGCAGUUGGACUCAAAAGCCAGGCAGGGAAGCAGAGCCGGCAGAGGCGGAAGAGGAAAGGCCAGAGGGAGAUGGAGGGGGCGAGGAAAGGGAAAAGGCAGAGGAAGGGGCAGAGGGAGAGCUAAGACAGUGGAGGUUGCAUCAGUUGCGGUAGAUGAUGAUGAUGAUGAUGAUGAUGAUGAUGUGAUACUUGUUAAUCCACCAGAUACACUCUCUGUUAUGACUCUGAGUCCUGUUCAACAAACAAGGUCAGACUUUAUUAUUGUAGACACAGAUGUCGAUCAGAAUAGUGACACAACUUCAGGCCAGUGUGAUGAUGCACCAGAGGAGGAGGAGGAGGGCAAGCAAGGCGACAGUGUCAUUAAGAAUGUUACGGAAUAUUCAAGUUUAUCGGACUCCAAGGGGUAUGACCCCAAUGCUCUGUACUGCAUCUGUCGGCAAAAACACAACAAAAGGUUCAUGAUUUCCUGCAACAGUUGCCAGGAGUAUUUCCAUGGCGACUGUGUUGGUAUCAGUGAGGCAGAAGGCUGUAAAGAGUACAUCUGCCCACCUUGCACAACAAAGCAGAUGAGCCAACUCCCAUCUGAGUGUCACUCCCAGGCAGAACCAGAAAUUUCUCCUGAGAGCUUGUCACUCAGUCCUUCUGGUGAAGAACCAGAGGGGAAAGAGGAGUGGGAGUCCCUAAAGAAGACUGUAGAUUUGGAGGCGAAUGACAUAGAGGAGGUUCCUGCAAUAAGGACUGAGCCUGGUCCUGAACCUGAAGGAGAGAUUGAGACAGAUUGUUCUGGUUCACUGUGUAUCGGACCAGGAUGCUCCAAACCAGCAUUACAGGACUCUGUUUAUUGUGGCACUGAUUGCAUUGUUCAGCAUGCUGCCGUCACUAUGAAGUCCCUCUCUGACACAAAGGUGCCCAAUCCUAGAGGUCAAGUGCAGAGAAAAGCCACACCUAUAAUACCUACUGCAAAGGGUCAAUGCUCUAGUAGGGUGUCUGCAAGGUUAGCAGCAAAAGCUGAGGAAUGUGCCAAAGAGGAGGAGCUGAUGGAAACUGAUGGAACACAGACAGAGGCUACGUCUUCCAUAGCCUGUGACCCCACUCUCACAGGAGUUCAGGCUACUCCGCAACCAUCACCUAAGUUUUACACAGCGUCUUCAACGGAAUGUAAACAAAUAGAGAGUGAAACUCACCAAAAACAAAAUUCAGAGGACCCCUCAAUGGACGCGUGUCCCCCACCUCAACUUGUGUCUGAACCAGUUGCUCCACAGAGUAACUCUCAUGUCAGCAUAAAGAAGUCCACAAAAAGUGACACUUCUGUUGAAACAACUGAAAAAUCAAAUCCCUCCGCACCACCCGUAAGAAAAAAAUCUGUUCCAUCUCUGGCCUCCCAAUCUCCAACCACAUUAGGAUCUGAACACAAUGAAACUGGGGCUGUUUUGAACUCUUUGACAUCAUAUAUAAUACCAAAGAAGCAAUCUGGACUUCAGUCCUCAUCAAGCCACAUGAUAGCCUCAUGCCAGAAGCCUUCGGUCCCAACCCUGCUGAACGAGCCCCGAAAUCUGCCUGUGCCACCUGCACCAAGCGCUCCCCCCUCUAGACCCUCUCAGCCAAAUAACCAGGUCAGACAGAGCAUCCAACGCUCCCUCACCAGCAUCUUGUCCAAAAGGGUUUGUGACUGUGAGGAAUUGAACAUGUCUGAAAGUGAUGCUGCAAAGCUUGUUGCGAGCAUUGAGAUGGAGAUGUUCAACAUAUUUCGGAAUACAGACAGCAAAUACAUGAAUAAGUACAGAACAAUUAUGUUCAACCUGAAAGAUCCGAGAAACAAGGGCUUGUUGUAUCGAGUUGUACAAGGAGACAUUAGUCCUUUCAGACUGGUCAGAAUGAGCCAAAAGGACAUGCAGGCAACCAAGGCCCCAGACCACAAUGUAAAGGACACAUCAGAGGUUGAAAAUCCAGCUGCCAAAGCGUCUCGCUUGUUGCAGAAGCCUGAAGCUGUGAAGAUUGAUCUUUCCUGUUUAAAUGUCACUAAACCUGAAGCGGUGAAGGUUGCGCUUUCCUGUUUAAACAACCCUAAACCUGACAAAAGACCAGUGGGCAAUAAGCGAAGUCUUUCUACUCCCACUAUUACUCUCAAGAACAGAGUAAGUGAGCCAAGGAAGGGGAGCUCUGUACCAGAUGUUCUUACCUGCAUGCUUAAAGACACAACCUCUGAACACAAGGCUCAUCUAUUUGACCUGAAAUGCAAGAUAUGUACAGGACAAAUGGGAGAGGAGGAACCUCCAAACAAAAAAAAUAGGGUGUCUGAAUCAAGCGAUAAGCAUUAUUCGCGGUGGAGGAAGUCUACAGGAGAUGACUCACCUCUACGAGUACCACCUGACUCACCUGACUUUGAUUAUUCAUCAUCUGCUUUCGACUCUUCAUGCCCUCUUAUUAUUGACACCAGUGAUUUUGCUCUUGUCGAAUCGCCUGCUUCCCCUAUUAUGGAUUCUCCGGCCUCUCCUACUUUAGAGUCACCUGCUUCCCCUGUCAUGGAGUCUCCUACAUCUCCAGUUUCGGACACUUCUAAAACCACAAGACCAAAAAGAACAUAUACACCUGUUGUGAUUCCAGCCAUCUCCACAGUAACUAUUACAAGGCGUGAUCCCCGUACUGCAGCCAAUAGGAGCUCUGCAUCAUCACGUAGCACCUCUGGUCCUAUAACUACAUUAAAGAAUCAGUCAGCACCUUAUGCUCCUCCUACAGAGGGUGCCUGUACUUCACCAUCCAUACCACAGUUGACUGUACCACCAACAAAACUAUUACCAAAGCCUAUCCUAAUGAAACCGUCCUCUUCAGCUGAUCCCCGACUCUAUGGCACAUCCUCAAGAAAUGUGAUCUCUGAAUCUCCAGCCAGUGGCGAAACUUCGCAGUUCCUGGCCAAGCAAGAAGUAGUGUGGAAAGGCUUUCUCAACAUGUUCACCGUAUCAAAGUUUGCUACGAAGGCGUAUCUGGUUUCAGGAUCUGCCGAAAUUCUGAGAUCGGAACUAGCUGACAGCGUAGAAAUUGGUGGACGAAUCAUGCCUCAAACAGUGUGGGACUAUGUUGCCAAGCUCAAGACCAACAUUACAAAGGAGUUAUGCGUAAUCCGCUUUCAUCCUGCUACUGAAGAAGAGGAGGUGGCAUAUAUCUCGCUCUUUUCCUACUUCAGCAGCAGAGGGCGUUUUGGUGUAGUUUCCAACAAUAGCCGUUCCAUCAAGGAUAUCUAUCUUGUACCACUGAGUGCAAAGGAAUCCAUCCCAUCCAUACUGCAACCUCUGGAAGGACCAGGACUUGAAAAGAACCGGCCCAAUCUUCUUCUUGGUUUAGCAAUUAUCCAAAAAGCAAAACGUUCCGGAAGUGUACUUCAGGAAAUAGAUGAAAAGAAAUCAAAAGUUGUGUCUAAAGACCCCAUGUGGAUCCCAAAACCUCCAGUUCUCUAUGGUUCUGGCAAAUUGGAGGUUUUCCAACCCUAUGAUCCUGAGACCCCAACAAACACAACCCCCCCUGUUUCACCCCCUUGUCCUGGGUCACCAUCAGAAUUCUCUUCUAACACAGAAACUCUACCAUCACAUGUGACCUCUACUAACGCAAACCCCACCGUUUCUACCUCAGCUCCUGCUGCAUCCACCCAGUCCACAUCCAGUCACAUCUCUGACAGGAAAACGAAAGCCCCCACACCACUAUCAACUAUCUUAAGUACAUUGUUUAGAAAAAAGCAAACUACUGUCAUUGUCUCUAAUGAGGAACAUUGUACUACUAAUGUGACAACAGUAAGUGCUAAGGUAUCUGUGCUUUCUCAUGUGUCCGGAUCAAUGGUGGAUCCAAUUGUUCAACAGUAUGGACAGAAAUCUAAAGUCAAAGAUAUAGAAGAGGAGUACACAUUUGAUCGUCCCUAUGACCCAGAGGAGGAGUAUGAUCCAGCAACGGGAUAUGGAACCGUUUCUUCACAGAGCAAAGGAAACAAUAAUUCGAAAGAUUCUCCAUUAUCAAAAGCUGCAGAUGAUGAUGUGGCCUAUGAUCCAGAGGAUGAGACUAUUUUCAAGAUGUGCAUUGUAAUGCAACGAAACCAAAUCAACCUAAAAUGUCAAACUGUCCAUCAUCAACAUUCCCAAUUUCCACACAGGUUGAAACACAGUCUUUUGCCAAAACUCCAACUCAAACCUCUUCUCUAACUGCAGUUCCUCAGAACCUUCCCACAGGUUCUGUAGUUGUCUCAGCUGCUACACUAACUGAGCAGCAGCGAAUGCUUGAGGAACUUAAUAAACAGAUUGAAGAGCAAAAACGACAGUUAAAGGAACAAGAAGAGGCACUUCGUCAACAAA